UGCUAUAAAAAUAUAUUGGAACGUCAACAAACAUAUGCCACGAAAGAAAAUAUUCCGAUUCGACGGAACAUGAAUUGAUUACAGAUCGGACUGGCAGAGAUUCAGACAGCCAUUCGAUCAGCCAUUUAACCAAAUUGAAGGCAUCGAGGGAACUGUAUCGGGGAAAUACGUAAAAAGCAAUACAUUUGAGUGACGUGGUCCUGGGACAUUUGUUGUUAUUUGUUGGUGAUUAGAAAAACAGCAUGUCCGCCAUAAGAAGAAAGCCAACGGGCAGCAAUGCCGACCAGGAGUUGCUCAUCGACGAGCCACCAAAGUCGGAGAAGGAGAAGGAGGCAGAGCACCAGAAGCCAGAUAUUCGUGGCGACCGGAGGAAUAUCGCCAUACUGCUGUUUCUGUACGUUCUGCAGGGCAUUCCCAUCGGUCUCAUAGCAGCCAUACCCAUGUUGCUCCAAAACAGAGGAGCCAGCUACAAGCAACAGGCGGAGUUUUCCUUCGCAUACUGGCCAUUCAGCUUGAAGCUGCUGUGGGCUCCAAUUGUGGAUUCCCUGUACAUCCGGCGAUUUGGACGCCGGAAAUCGUGGCUAGUCCCAGUGCAGUACCUUCUGGGAGCCUUCAUGUUGCUCCUCUCACUCCACGUGGAUCGGUGGCUGGGCGGGAAUGGUGUCGAUCCCAAUGUGCCGCUGCUAACGCUGCUCUUCUUCCUGCUCAACUUCCUGGCUGCCACCCAGGACAUCGCCGUGGAUGGCUGGGCUUUGACCAUGCUGAAGCGAUGCAAUGUUGGCUAUGCCUCCACUUGCAAUAGUGUGGGCCAAACCGCUGGCUACUUCUUGGGCUAUGUGGUGUUCAUCGCCCUGGAGUCCAAGGAUUUCUGCAAUACCUACUUAAGAGACGUCCCACUCGAGGAUGGCAUGAUCACAUUACCCCGCUUCCUUUGGUUCUGGGGCAUCACAUUUGUGGUGGCCACCACCUUGGUGGCUAUUUUUAAGAAGGAGAACGACAUCGAAGACGCACACAUGGACGCUCGCUACACGGAGGAACACGAGUUGAACAUCCAUCAAAGUUACAAGAUCUUGUGGGACAUGGUGCGCAUGCGUCCCGUCCAGAUCCUGGCAGUAAUUCUGCUCACCGUGAAGGUCACGUUUGCUGCCUCGGAUGCUGUGACCAGUUUAAAGCUAAUUGACGCUGGUGUGCCGAAAGAUAAGCUAGCUUUGCUGGCCAUUCCCCUAAUCCCGCUGCAGCUCAUCCUGCCGCUGGCGGUGGGUCGGUAUACGAACGGACCACGUCCCAUGGACGUCUAUCUGAAGGCCAUUCCCUACCGCAUCAUCAUGGCAACCGUGGCCACUGGCUUAGCCUACAUCACACCCUAUAUCGUCCGGGGAGGAUCAGUGCCUGUUUAUUACUACGUCCUGCUGAUCACCAGUUACGCCAUCUACCAAGUGUUCCUGUACUCCAUGUUUGUGGCCGCCAUGGCCUUCUUCGCCAAGAUCUCCGACCCAGCCGUCGGUGGCACCUACAUGACAUUCUUGAACACAUUGUGCAAUCUGGGCGGCAAUUGGCCCAACACAGUGGUGCUGUGGUUGGUGGACGUGCUCACCUGGAAGCAGUGCUCCACUAAUGAGGAAAAUACCUGCCAGGGCAAGGAGGAGCAACAGAGCUGUGAAGCGUCGGCUGGCAAGUGCGAGAUAACCUUCGAUGGCUACUACUUGGAGUCCGGCAUUUGCGUUCUGUACGGCAUAGUGUGGUUGCUGUUGGUGCGCAAGUGGAUCGUAUACUUGCAGGACCUGCCCGUGAAAUCCUGGUUGGUGGUCAAGCAGAAGUCGCGGUAGCAAUCAAUAGUGUGAUCCGGGGCCAGAUCGUCAUAAAGAUCCAGCACCGACCCGUAGGUACAAACAACUGAUUCUAGGAUUAGCAAACGUUUGCAUUCUGUAGGCUAGCGAAAUUACAAAUUCCCGCCUUGGUAUUGUUUUUUGUAUAACUAAUUUUGAUUCCGAAGGAAAUAAAAUCAAAUGUUGAAUUGAGCGAA